ACCAUGGCAGGGAGAAGUCAAGCUCGUUUCUUGCCGGCUACUAUUCAGCCAGCACUGGGAAACAAUGUUUACGUAUUUGCCAGUGGCACACCUUCAGAAAAUGAACUUUCGGAAGAGGAUACAGAAUGUUUUGAGCUGAGACCAAGAGGAAAGGAGAAAAUACGAAGAACAACAUCUAAAGAUCGGUUGGAUGAUAUUGUGUAUUUGAUCUGGGAAAUUCAAGAGGGCGACACCUUGAAUGCACUUGCCUUGCAAUACUGUUGUACUGUUGCAGAUAUCAAGAGGGUUAAUAAUCUGAUCAAAGACCAAGACUUUUUUGCUCUCAGAUCUGUAAAGAUUCCUGUGAAAAAGAUCACUUUGUUGGGUGACACGCACAGUCCCGCCAAAUCAAGACUAGUUUCACGUCCUGCCUUGGAGUCUAAUGCACAGUUUCAGGACUCCAAUACAGGUGAAGAUUCCUCUUCAAGUGAAAACGCUGAUAACUUUCUCCGGGAAGUUGAUAAAGACAUAGAAAGAAUAGUGAAGUCAAAUGAUACCACUAAGGAGCAUUUAAAUGAGGUUGUUUCUUCUUUAACUACACAACCAUUUUAUCAAGCGGCAGAUCGAAAAAUAUUACCGCGGAAAGAUCCACAUUAUGGAGCUGACUGGGGCAUGCGCUGGUGGAAUGCAGUGAUGAUAAUGUUGGUAGUUGGAAUUGUUACACCUGUGUUUUAUCUACUCUACUAUGAAGUCCUUGUAAAGGUUGAAACAAGCCAUCAUUCUACUGUGGAAUCAACAAAUCUACCUGUAACUCAGCCUUCACAGCAAGAGCCAAAGUAUAGCUAUGGAAUUAAUUCUAUGGAAAGGACAAAAAUGGCCUCAGAGGAGGCCCUUGAGCAUGUGAAUUCUAAUGUUCAUGUGACUGUCACCUGACCACAAACUUCUAAUACAUGGAGUGCAGUGCAGACAUGAAACAAUUAUGUUCAAAAGUGUCUGGGGAAAUUGCAUCAUGUUAGAAAUAUCAUAUUCAACUAAAGAAAAAAGCAGUUAACACUUGCCUUCCAAUGUUAUGGGAAUUGAUAAUAUAAAGGUAACUGACAAAAUUAAUUUCAAAUAAGCAGAAUUUUUGCCUGGGUCAAUUGAUAAUAUGUAGCAUCUAUAAUUGAAACGUGGAUUUAUAUUUUAGUCCUAAACAGCAUAUUUGUUGUUUAUUGACCAAUGUCUUCCUUUCGUAAAAUUUUUGUAAUUUUGUUGCGAUCCAGUUAUUUUCAAGCCCAAAAACACGUCAGUUAUUAAACAGCAAUUCUGCCAAGCAUUAACAUGAGAAAUAAAAUAAAACACCUUAAGCAGUUUAAAGAAUGAUGCCCUUACAUAAAGCAUUUUAUUGAUAUUAGAUGCAACCAUGCAGUUAGUACUCCAGAAUAUUGUUUUCUUUUUAAAUGCUUAAUAAUAUUCUGAAUGUCACAACAUAAAAGUCUUAAUCUCAUCUAUUCAUAUAAAGGAAUUUCAUUGCCUGAAAUUAAGUUUUAAUGUAAAAAUGUAUUUAUUGACUGUUAAAUUACCACAGUUGAGAGCAUGUGGAUAUUUAGUGUUGAACUAUUCAAAGUUAGUGUUGUAAAGUAGUGGUUAUUCUGUAAUUAAACUGGAGAUCAUAAUUGUGAACAAAAUCAGAUGAUUCUAAAUUGUUGACAUUAUAAACAAAAUUGUAGCUGUUUAAAAAAUGAAUUUCCAGUAUUUACACCUGUUGUAUUUUCUUAAAGGUUUGUAACAGAAUUUUAUUCUUCUGGAAUUUAUCAUAAAUUUUAGAAUAAAAAUUGAAAUACCUGUGCACAAUGUAUUUCUCAUUGU